AUGUGUUUCACUGGUCACUGUUCGAUAACCACGAUAUUCCCCAGGACCCUUGUGGUAGUUUUAUAUUCAUGGACCGCUUAUGUGACAUGUACUAGAGUGGAUCAAGUGUCGCCCGUAGUGGUUAGGUCACCGGUUCUGAGUACGCUGGUCUUGGGGCUUUAUACAUACUAUAAACUUAUAUCAGAGGGUCCGGGAAGCCCAUUAGAAUACUCAGAGUUGGUUGUGAGGGAUGUGGCAGCGGCAGAGAAUGGUACAGAACUUCCGCCGGAGUUUCUUUCUAGGAGAUCCAUAACUUCUAAGCGUGAUGGAAGGUUUCGACUAUGCAGGACAUGUCAUGUGUGGAAACCUGACAGAUGUCACCAUUGCUCAGCAUGUAAUAGGUGUAUUUUGAGGAUGGAUCACCAUUGUCCGUGGUUGCCUGAUUGUGUUGGGUUCCGUAAUCAAAAGUACUUCAUCCAAUUCCUGAUGUAUGCAACGUUGUACGCUUUCAAUGUGCUAAUAUUUGACACAAUUCAGUUGUAUAUUUGGUUUCAUCAGGGAGAUUAUGAGAGACAACUCAUAGAUCUUGUUUUGUUUUCCGUUUGGCUUCUUGCCUUUGCGGUGUCAAUUGCCUUGUCGUGCUUUACUGGCUUUAGCAUUUAUCAGGUGGCUCAUAACCAAACCACUAUUGAAUUGCAUAUACAGGGACGUUAUAGAGAGGAGCUGGAUAUAUUAGGUGAAUCGCGUAGGGAUGAUGCUACUGAUAAUGUUUUUGACUUGGGAUCAUCUUCAAAAAACUGGAUGGAUGUCAUGGGUACCACUGUAUUUGAGUGGCUUUUACCUAUUCCAACUUCAAAGAGAAUUAGAAAUAGACAUUCAUUGGAUCAAAAGGGAUUGUAUUUUGAUUUUAGAAGCGACGUUAGCGAACGUCUCUUGGAUAGCAUGGACUUACAAGAUAGGCUGCUGAGAAGAGUGACCCCACGUUCGUCAAUGGAGCGAGGUUUGAUUUAG